CAUUCCCAUACUUUUGGCCAAGUGAUAGACUAAACACCACAACAUACACUUUCUUUCUCUCUCUCUCUCUGUCUCUCUCUCUCAAUUAUACCAAAAUACAAUUCUAAAGUGAAGUAAAAACACAUUAGCUUCAAGUCUUUCCUCUUAUGGAAAAUCAACAACAACAACCACCUUCCGUGAAAUCAAGAUUCAGUCGUGUCUGUGUCUUCUGCGGUAGCAGCCCUGGCAAGAAUCCUAGCUACCAGCUUGCUGCUAUUCAACUUGGCCACCAACUGGUCGAAAGGAACAUUGACUUGGUUUAUGGAGGGGGAAGCAUUGGCCUGAUGGGUCUGGUUUCACAAGCUGUUUAUGAUGGUGGCCGCCACGUGUUGGGGGUGAUACCCAAGACUCUGAUGCCAAGAGAGAUAACAGGAGAGCCUGUAGGAGAAGUAAGAGCAGUGUCAGACAUGCACCAACGCAAGGCUGAAAUGGCUCGUCAAGCUGAUGCAUUUAUAGCAUUACCAGGCGGUUAUGGAACCUUGGAAGAACUCUUGGAGGUCAUCACCUGGGCUCAGCUUGGAAUCCACGAUAAACCGGUCGGGUUGCUAAACGUGGAUGGUUACUACAACUCACUUCUGUCAUUCAUAGACAAAGCUGUCGAUGAAGGCUUCAUUACUCCAUCUGCCCGCCACAUUAUUGUUUCUGCCCCAACUGCCCAAGAACUCAUGUCCAAACUUGAGGAAUAUGAACCCAGGCACAGUGGGGUGGCUUCUAAGCUAACUUGGGAAAUGGAACAGCAAUUGGGUUACACAAUAAAGUCAGAAAUUGCUCGUUGACAUGAUCAAAUAAUUAUAUAUAUUUAUGGACGUUUCAUGAUCUUGAUUAGACGAUAUUCUAAAAACUAAUACACAAAUUUCUCUUUAGAUGUGAGCUAUCCACCACAGUUAUUUUAGUCAGCUGUGAGGAUCAUUCUGUGAUUGAUUUUUUUUUUUUUUUACUUUUUUAGUUUUGGAUUUUUCUUUCUGAUUUUGUGAAGUAGAGUGAUUUGUACUGGAUAAACAGGUCCAAUGCUUGUCGGUGAUUACUAAUUGUGUAUAUUUGUUGUAAUAUCUUGAAUUGAUGGGUUGUCACAAAUUGUUCUUGAGUUGAUUUA